UUUUUUUCUCUCCCAAUUAUUAUUCUUCCACAAUGAUUUUUCCUUGUAAGUUUAUUCUCUUUUUGCCCAUUCUUCUCAUUAUUAUUUUCCAAAAUAAAAUUCAAGGUCGAACAUUACUAAAUAAUAAUAAUAAUAAUAAUAAUUAUAAAAAGUUGCAAAGGCCAUUCAACAAUACAGUUUCAGCUGUUUUUGUGUUCGGAGAUUCCACGGUUGAUUCCGGCAACAACAACUACAUAAACACCAUCGCAAAGUGCGAUUUUCCGCCGUACGGUCGCGAUUUCGCGAACCACGUUCCCACCGGAAGGUUCACUAAUGGCCGUCUCGUCACAGAUUACUUAGCUUCGUAUGUGGGAAUCAAAGAUUUCGUGCCACCCUAUUUGGACCCAAGUCUUAGCUUGGACGAACUCAUGACCGGAGUUAGUUUUGCCUCUGGUAGCUCUGGCUUUGACCCUCUUACUGCUCAAUUAGUUGAUGUAAUUACAAUGGAAAAACAGCUGGAAUAUUUUAAAGAAUACAAAAGAAAACUUGAAAAUUCAAUUGGAAAAGAAAAGACAAAAUUAUUAAUAAGCAAAGCAGCAUUUAUAAUAAGUGCUGGGACAAAUGACUUUGUUGUAAAUUAUUAUAACACCCCAUUUAGAAGACAAAAAUAUUAUAAUGUCUCUCAAUAUCAACAAUUCUUGAUGCAAAUGGUCCAACAAUUUAUCCAAGGUUUGAUGAACGAAGGAGCUAGAGUGAUCGGCGUCGCCGGAGUUCCACCUUUCGGGUGCUUACCGAUAGUCAUCACGAUAGAUUCCGGUGACGCACUUCAACCCCGUCGAUGUAUUGAAUCGUACUCCGCCGUUGCAAGAGAGUACAACUCGCUUCUUCAACGUUUAUUAAAGACUAUGGAAAUUCAUGGCACAAAAUUAUUCUACGUCGAUAUCUAUGAUCCAAUAAAUGACAUGAUACAAAAUCCAAUUAAAUAUGGAUUUAGUGAAGUUACCAUGGGAUGUUGUGGAAGUGGACUUAUUGAAGCAUCAAUUCUUUGCAAUCCAAAAUCAAUUGUAUGCAAUAAUCCUUCAAAUCAUAUGUUUUGGGAUGCAGUCCACCCAAGUCAAGCUACUUAUUACACUGUUUUCCAAGCAAUACGUCCUUCUAUUGAUUUUGCUAUCAACCAAUUAUAAACAUCGG